AACAUAUUUGUGUAAUUUUUAUUUUAAUUAAAACUCCUUAUUUUUUGGUGUUUACAGAAGCUAUUAUUUCUUUGUAUGUAACAGUAAAUAAUGGCGCAUAUAAAAAGUAAAAAUUAAGAGGGCUUUUUGCGUCGACCAUUCUUGUCUUGCCUACGUAGCGACAGAUGUCGCUUUACUCGUAUUGAACGGAGGCGUAUUAUAGGAGAUCGGUGCCUCUUCGAAGUUAUUUCUUUCUUCCCAGUGAGACCGUAUCGUUGCCGUACCGCUAUGCACAACAGGAGCUGACACAGCUGGGCUGGGAUGAAAACAUGCACGCCGCUGCGCUCUGGUUCGCCGUGCAGGAGGAGCUCGAGGCGAAGCGCGAGACAGGGCUCGAGACAGAGCGCGGCAGCGCUUUGGACGCUCUGGACGACGACCUCAUUUUCCGCACGUUCCACCUCAGCAGGGCCGCCGUAACGUUCGUCACCGACUGCGUGCGUGGCGCCCUGGAGCCGCCGGCUGACAGCGCUGUGCUGGCCGCGCUCUGCUUCUACGCGCACGGCUCCGUGCGCCCGGACGCGGCCGAUGCGCUCGGACUGACUCCGGACUGCGUGGGGCGCGCGGUGGACGCCGUGUCCGUGGCCCUCGCGCAGCGGCUCAAACUCUUCGUCACUUUUCCCGGCAGCCACGGCGAUCGCGCACUUGUGGCGCACGACAUAUACAGGCGCUACGGCGUGCCCAACGUGGUGGGCGCGCUCGGCUGCCUGCACGCUCCGGUAGCACCGCCUGCCGGAGAGGAGGCGCUCUACCUGAACCGCGGCCACUUCCACUCGCUCGCGUGCCAGAUGGCGUGCGACUCGCAGGGGAACCUGCUUAGCGUCGAGGAGCCGCGGCCAGGGGGCGCUGCGGAGCAGAGCGUGUGGGAGGCGUCGCGGCUGUGCGCGCAGUUCGCCGGCGGAAAGCACGGGCACUGCUGGCUCGUGGGAGCCAACUGUUACUUGUUGAGUAAGCAUGUUCUCACACCUCUGACAUGUGUGAAGAGCCACCCGGGAAUUCGCUACAACGAGGCCCACUUCAAGAUCCAGAGCAUCAUCCAUCAAACAUUUGGUGCUAUGAAGGUGCGCUUUCAGUGCCUGAAGAACCUGGGACCCAUUGAGAAGAGCGCACCCCACAGAUUGGCCACCAUCAUCAAAGCCUGUUGCGUUCUGCACAAUAUUGCCAAAAAGUUCUCUGUUCCUUUGCCCGGGGAACUCGUACCGGAGGCCGCCUAUCACGGGCCCAACCGGGAGGAGAACAACGUAGACUGCAACCUCGUUCUGUUCAGAGAGGAGAUGAUACGUGCCUUCUUCACCCUGUGACUGUAGCAGUAGGGACAGUGGUUUUGGCAAAGGCCAUCGCCGUUGUAGACACCACACUAAUUAGGCCCCUCCCAUUUGUUCUUUCAGGUUCAAUCACUAUUGUUUCCUUUGUGUUUACCAACAAGUAGGUUUAAAAAGCAUAGACACUGUAAUUAUACUUUUUUUCUGCUGUAGCACAUACAAUUUUAGUAAGAAAAAGUACAACUGCUUUUAAGUUCACAUUAUCUACCACCACAAUACUACAUUUUACAAAAGAUUAAAUUUAAUCUUACCGACACUUAUGUGGGUGUAUGUUCAUAAGUUGACCAACUCCAUUAGUGACAUCAACACUUGACUUGAAAAAUAUCAAACAAUAAAUCCAUCUAUGGUGUGGGGGGGUUUCAUGAAGGAAUUGGCUUGUGGAAGGAUACAAGUUAUAUAGAGUAGCCUCCAGCCUUACUAGCGCCCUUGCUAAAGACAAACACAAAAGGCCAUAUAUUAUAAGUUUUCAAUAGCUUAUACUUUCUAAGUAAUCUUACCUGUCAGCGAUAAAAUGUAAAGAGGGGUACACUAGUCACAGUUAUUGGCACCCCUAGAACUUCUCAAACAAACAAUGUAAUGAGCAUGCAUUCCCAUUCAUAUUUUAAAAGCACAAGUGUGGCUUCAGGAACAUUGAAGUGGUGAUCCAUAACUUCCUGGUUCACCAGGGUGCACCUAUGAGGUAACAUACCAUGUCUGACUAGGGGUUGGGUAUGUAAGAAAAUACGGGGAGAGAAUGAGACAGGCUGCUGACCUUCAUAAAUUGGAUAAUGGCUAUAAAUUUAAAAUAAAAAAAGUUUCUACUCUGCCACUGAUAACUAAGGGGCUGUGAUGAACCUGUCUGAAAGUGGACAGGUAUUUUGGUCCACAUAGUGAGGGGGAUUGUUUGAGGGGGGAAGGGGGAAGGAAAAAAAAAAAAAAAAACCCCCCACACACACACCACAAAAGCUUUCUCCAAGUACCAUAGCAGCACUUCAUUGCCUCAUGGAGUUAGUCUCUCCAAAACUACAAACGGACACCACCUGCUUGGCAGGCUUGCCAGAAGAAAGCCUCAACUGACUUCAAACCACAAACGUUAGUGCCUGGAAUUUGUUAAAUGUUACUGGAAUUUUGACUGGAACCGGGUUCUAUGGCCAGAUGAAACAAAUAGUUUUAUGCAGCAAACAGAAGUGUAAAGAGAACCAAGUACCUCUGUGAAGCAUAGUAGUGGAUCUGGGACGUUGAGGCUCCGUUUCAUUUCCAAAGGCCCAGGAAUUGUAGGAUCAGACACAUGGCAUCAUGGACUCUAAUACCAGGAGAUUUUCCAAUCAAAACCUGGCCAUCUUUGCCAGGAGACAAAUACUGGGUGUCCUGUUUGGAUCUUUCAGCAGGAUGAUAAUCCAAAGCAAGCUUCCAAAGCCACACAAAAAGGAUUCACUAACCAGACUUUUCAUAAUUUCAAGUGCAAGAUCAAGGUGAACUUAGCCUUUUUUUGCUCACAUUUACCAAGGGUGCCAACAGUUCUGGAGGACACUGUAGGCAAAUAUUUAAAUGUAAUAUAUUCAUUUUAAAGAAUACACACAAAUUUACCCUAUAUAAACAUAUAUCCUAAUGCAAAAAAGGAUAUUUUGUCUAUGUAUAAUUAAAUUUAAGUAUCCCAGAGUUCCACUUUCAGAUCUGUUAUGAAUUAUACCUUGUAAACAUAAGUUAAUACUGUAAACAUUUGUUACAUCAAAAAGCCUCAAAAUAACUGAACAAAAAAUAAGUUUUAAUAUCCCUUCACCCAGAGAUGCAUCUAAAACUGAACAAAAUUUCACAGUUUUUUUUCCCCCCAAUUCAAAGUCCAGAAUUAGGUGCAGUCACCCUACCUCAAACCAUGUAUUUAAAAAAAAAAAAAAAAAAAAAAAAAAAACGCUUUUCCCUGUGUUCUUUUGCCUUAGGAAAUCACAUUUUACUUUCACUCUUGUGCGAAAUAUCCCAGCUUUUCAUACGCUUUUAAAAAUUUCCUACUAAAAAAACUAAACUGAAAUGUAAAAUUGUUUCACUUUAAUACUUUAAAUUCAAUACUUACUGUUUGGCAACAUGACCUUUGUAAAAGGAAACAAAAUGUGAACUAUUAAGAUAAAAUAUAUAAAUGUAAUGAAAAAAAACAUUUUGUUUUGAAGUAAACUGUACAGAUUAGUUUCCAGAAUGCCUAGCCACGGGAAAGAGAGCAUCAGCGAUCGUGAUGCCUGUUGGGACUCCAAGUUCUGUAUAAAACUUGAAAUGGGAUGUAUGGAAACACACCUUUCCAGUCUUUUCCUCUCCAUUUUGCCAAGAAAAAUGGAAAGUGCAAUUGCAAGCUUAAUAGCUCCAGUCACAAUUUGCAAUAGGGUGGAAUAAGAUAAAAAUAAAGUAGACAUUGACAGGUAUGUGCACUUUGCCACAUAUAAAUUGCGAAUUGCAGAUCUGUACACUAUAUAGUUACCCUUACUUGGAAGAAAGCAACAGGGGAUUGGGAAGAGA